GUCCUUUAGCUCUACUCUUCCUUUUUGUUUCCCUUUCAAUGUUGUUGAAUAACAUGUUGUUGUUGUUGGUGUCUUUCUCUCUCCACUCUAUCUAACACACAAAAUAAGUUUCAUUUCAUUUGCUUGCUUGUUCAACUCUCCAAAACACGCAACAAAAUAAUAUAUAAAACCUUAAAAUACUCACUUCAUGAUUCUCACGUCCCACACUUUUCUUCAUUCUAACUCCAGCUCAACACAAUACUCAAAACCAAGUCUUACUAUUUCUCAUUUCUUAAACUAUUUUCUCAACAAAUCUUGCAUUUCACCACUUUCUUUAUUCAGAAAAUAUCUUUAAACAUUCCUUUCUUUUUUAUAUUUUUUUUUUUGUAUAUUACAAGUUAAAGCCUUUUUCAUUGCCACCAUGACAGAAGUUCUCCAUUCUCCACCUCAUUUUACUUCAUCACAAAGAACAACACCUUCAACUUCAACUUCUUCUUCUCCUCUCUCUUCAUUCUCUUGCCAUGCCAUUUUUCAACCUCCUUCACAACCACAUUUUCCACUUUUUGAGCUACUAGUAACUCUUUUCAGAAAAUCAUUAUUUCCUUUUAAGAGUAGUGGCAACAAAGACCUUUGCAACAUGGACAUAAGUCCUCCAACUAACGUGCGCCAUGUCGCUCACGUUACUUUUGAUAGGUUCAAUGGUUUCUUGGGUUUGCCUGAUGAGUUUGAACCUGAUUUUCCCAGAAGGCCUCCUAGUGCUAGUGCAACUGUUUUUGGAGUUUCAACAGAAUCCAUGCAGUUAUCUUAUGAUUCAAGAGGGAACAGUGUGCCAACAAUUCUUCUGUUAAUGCAAAGGCAUCUGUAUGUUCAAGAAGGGUUGCAGGUGGAGGGGAUUUUCAGAAUUAAUGCAGAUAAUAGUCAAGAGGAACAUGUUAGGAAUCAAUUGAACAUGGGAUUGGUUCCUGAAGACAUUGAUGUACAUUGUCUGGCAGGACUAAUUAAGGCUUGGUUUCGGGAACUUCCUAGCGGCGUUCUAGAUUCGUUAUCACAAGAGCAGGUAAUGCAAUGCCAAACUGAGGAAGACUGUAUUGAACUAGUGAGACAUCUACCUCAUGCUGAAGCUGCACUCUUGGAUUGGGCCAUCAAUCUAAUGGCUGAUGUAGUCGAACACGAAAAUCUCAAUAAGAUGAACGCACGCAACAUUGCCAUGGUUUUCGCACCAAACAUGACUCAGAUGGCAGAUCCAUUCACUGCAUUGAUGUACGCAGUUCAAGUGAUGAAUUUCUUGAAGACACUUAUAUUAAGGACGCUACGAGAAAGAAAGGAUUCUGUCGUCGAAUCUAAUCCAAGAUUGAAUUUAGAACCUUCUGAUGAGAAUGGACACCGUAGACUUUUCGAGUCGUUUCAGAAAGAAGAUACUGCAGCAGCAGACAAUAAAGAGGCUAAAGAAAUUUUUGUUUCAGAAAAAACUGUUGUAGAAUGUACACCCGAAUCACUCGAAAAAAACUCCUCAACUGAAAGAGAAUCUGGCAGUUUGAUACGCACUUCUGAGAAUCCAAUUUGCAAUGAGGAAUUGUAUUGUGAGUUUCCACCGAAAAAAAACAUGGGGAAAAACAACAAGUCUGGUCAAUCAAGUAGUUCAAAUGCUAGAAAAGGGUCCAAAAAGACAAGAGGACAACAACCUGUGAUCAAUGGAAAAGGGUCGGUCGAGAAAAAGGGAAUGAGGACUUUGAGCAGCACAGAUACAAGAUCAGACCGAGUCGAAGCUUGGCGGUGAAAGAAGCACUGAAAUGUAAAUUGAUAUUUUCACACUGUGCCUUUUUAAGUUUGUUUAAAGUAUAAGGUUGCAAAUUUCUAAGGGAAUUCUGUGAAGUGAUUCAUUCCAGUAUGUUUUCUAUACUUCCUGUGUUUGUUUAACUUAUAUCUGUUUCUCAUUCUAUCAGAAGAAAAAAACUUAUCUGUUUUUCAAUAAUAUCAAUAUUAUGAUCACACUACCAUUGUAAUGAAA